CGCCGAGAUUGUUUCAUUCCCACGAGUGACUUGUCUUUGUGCAUUGCUCUAAUUUUGUGGUAUAAAUCUCAUUUUAGUUAUGCACGUUCUCUUCAAGUAAGACUUGGUCAAAAAAUAAAAUAGCUUAUUUUUUUAAUUUAAACGUUGACUCAACUAAUACAUUCAAAAACAUACGUUUAAUACUUAGCAACACCAGCAUUAUUCUAGCUGUAGCUUGAGCUCACAGGAUUAUUACGAAGAUAGGCCAUCGGUUAUCGAUUGCGGUUAAUAAGUUAGUUAUUGUCGUCGAAUUUGAGUGUUGUAUCAAUUGAAAAUGCCGGGAUCAGUUUCUGUUGCGACGAAGAAACGUGAGGCACAUCAGAAAGCGGAGGUGCUGUGUAAAGAGACUAGUCUGACUAGCCACGAAUGCGAGUUGCUGAUCAAAUUCAUGCAGACAAAUUGCAAGCCAGGCACGGACAGGUUGGAUAAAAUGAAGCUGAGAGAUAUCUUGAUCGAGCACUUUGAGUUCACCGAUUCGAUCUUGAUGGACCAGGUGUUCAAGACGUUCGACACUGACUCGGACGGGUUUCUGACUAUAGAUGAGUGGGUGAAGGGGAUGAGUGUUUUUCUGAGGGGAAGUACUGCAGAUCAGUCGCAGUUCUGCUUCAAGACAUACGAUAUGAAACUGGAGGGAUCACUCACAAGGGACGUGAUGUUUACACUGCUGAAGAGUUGUCUGGCGGAUAGGGGAGCUCAGGAGUUGGGUGAGGAUGACCCGGAGGAGGGUGUGAAAGACCUAAUCGAAACAGUUCUCAAGAAAAUGGACAUUGACAAAGAUACGAAAGUUGGCUUUGACGACUACAAAUCCUCUUGUGAGAAGGAGAGAUUGCUGCUAGAGUUCCUGGGAAAAGUACUGCCAGAAAACAGACAAGUGAACAAUUUCUUCAACUAUCUCGAACAUUGCAGGUUCUACGAAUGAAGCAACAAUAAAGAAGACCAAUGAAGCAAUACUGUCUUCAUUAAAUACACUCAUUUUUCGAUAGAGCAGUUUAGUCGUUGAAAUUGAUCCUCAUUGCAGAAAUUAUUUCUCUGACUAAUGUGCUGUCAUUUGUAAACUAUAGUAUGUAAAUUUUGAUUCAAACGUGGGGCAAAGUUAGAACAAUAGAAUGAUCAGUUCGAACUGGUUAAAUUCUCGGUCAAUAUGUAGAGGACUGUCAGUUAGAAGUUGAUUUAACUUUCCCGACAGCAAUUGCAGUUCAACUUUUACAGUUAGGUUUAGGAAAUGGAUAAGUAGGUCAUCAAUUGGCAGCUUCUCUCUGAAACGGCUAUAUCGACUGCCAAUAAUUAUACUGGUAAUCUUACCAACACUACUGCUAUUAAAGGCAGUUUAAUCUAUUUGCUCGUGUCCAUGUACUUUGAACAGAAAAUAAUGCUUAUAAAUCAAAGCAGCGUGUCUAAACCUGUCAUGUUAAGGCUACAUGUCUUUCAAAACAUUUGAAAUUAGAGAUCGUGUUUUCAUGCGUUCUGUUUGUAAAAAUUUAAAAUGGUCAAAUUGACUAUGCUAUGAAAGAUUGACAUAUGCUCCAAAAUUCGCAAGAAAAAUCACUGUCACUUUCACCAUGUUAAAUUGAAGAGCCAAAAAAAAUCAAAUUUACAUGCGUAGAAAACUGAUGACUUUUAUACUGUGUGCUUUUCCAAUUCUAUGCCCCAACCCCAAUCUCGUGCUUUCAUUCCUAAAUUCAAAUAUGAGUCUGAUACGAAUGACACUGCAAUUAAAAUCAUUGUCUGUCGUGAAAUAUUGUGUUUUAAGGCGCACAGAAAAUUCGGCCAAAGACAAUUCAGCCAAUUUGAAAUUCAGACAAUUCAGCCAGAAAUAUACAGGCAUUGGAAUUGGAGUUAUUUCUUGGUUUAAGGUCGCAACACCUCUGUUGGCAAGCUCGCAACACGUUGGCGCGACUGCGGCGGUCACCAUUAUUGGUUGAAUUGUCUUAGGCUGAAUUCUCUGCAUACUUUGAAUUGAAUUUCAAAUCGGCUGAAUUGUCUCGACGCGGUGUUUUAAAUGAAAGAGCGCCUUGAGCCCAGCUGGUUUUUGAAUGUAAAAGGUGAAUUGGUGAGAACACCGUGAUUGAUUUUGAAUUUAAAAAAUAGGUUUCGUUUUCACGAAGAUCACAAAAUUCACCAAACUAAUUGUAUUUCGGGCUCUUUUAGUUUCCUAUCCAACCCAAUUUAUGGUGUGAUGAGUAGUUUUCUGAGGUUAAUUAUGAAUUUGUAGUUUUCUCGCGUGUGUUUACGAAGUGCUGCUUCGCCUCUGUGUUUAGUAAGAUUCAUACUCAUAUAAAGGUCUUGGUGAUUUUUUUUCAGGAAAAAGUCAUUAAAUUUGUUUCACGUUGAAUUUUGAUUUUUAGCGAUUUAACGUCGGAGUUUUUUAAUAUUCAGUCCAUUUCCUUGGUUGAAAGGAAUAAAAAUCCACAACUGAACAGCAAAAAUGUAAAAGCCGCGAAAUUAAAGUCGAAUUUAAUUUUUAGAUAUCCAAGCGGAAUAGAAACUUCCUCUAUUCA